UAAACAUGCUCGUUUUUUUCCCGAACGGGCUGGAAAUAACUUACGUUCAUCCCCAUACCGCGCUCGAACGGUGUCUCCGAAAUACCGUAUGACAUGAUUGGAUGGAGCGUGUAAGCUGUGCUUUUAAUACUCGACGUUUACUUGGGUGGUGGUUUUGUAAGAGACCAUCGUGGGACCUGUCGAUCUCUUGAUUAUAACGUUGAGGAGAGGCCGUCGUUUGGGAUAUGCCUUAUGGAAGAGCGGUUUGGGUUUGUUUCAUGAUCGUUGGUUACUUGAAAUGCAUCGGGAGUACACCUGUCGAAAAAGAGACGCAGGGUGGUAGCAAAUCGGAACAAGAGGGCAAACCUGGUCCUGAUUUACGAAGUUUGCAUUUUCCCGCGGAGUAUCAUGCAACGGGUGUCUUGUCGCUUCCCACAAGCAACAUUAACGAGCCUUUUGAGGUUUGGCACAGCCAGGCUUACGACAAGAGCCGAAUAGAUUACUAUCAUGGUGAAGUGAAAACGUUUCAAAGAGGAGAUUUAGGAAGACAUGGAAUGUUCUUUAAAAUCGUCCCAAAGUACUCUUACAAGCGUCAUAAGAAUGAUCGCCAUUUUCUGGGAUGUUGGAAGAGGUAUGGGUCCAAGUCUCGCAAGGCUAAGGCCCAGUCUGUUCUGCCGUGUAACACGGCUUGGCCCUUCAAGUCUCGUCUGGAAGACUUCAAGUAUGAGGGUGAUGCUGUUAUCAAUGGAAAAGAAUGCACCAAGUGGAGUUACAACGUGACCGUAUUUGAACGCAACAACUCGUACUUGUUUUACGCAACGAAGACCAACCCACCCAAACCUGUGUACUUUGAAAUGAACGGCUACGAUACUCUGUUGGUGUCGUACUACGACAAGUAUACGAUUCAUUAUCACAGUUUUGAGGAGUGGGAUUAUGAUCCGGAUGAUGAUCCGGAUGUCUUAGAGAUUCCACAUUUGCACCAUGACAAGUGGUGCUGGAACAUUGACAAGAGGUCACGUGACAGUGACGGUGCCUCUAUGUCCCUGAACCCUAUGGGAGAGUUCGCCAUGCUCCACCAUGAGGAGGACCCUGUGGAUAGAGAUUUUCACGAUUUUCGUAAGAAACACAAGAGAGAUUACAAGGACAAAAUUGAGCAUCAACAAAGGAAACACAUAUUUAGACACAAUUUAAGAUACAUUCGUUCGAUGAACAUGAAAGGCAACUCGUAUCAUUUAACUGUGAAUCACUUUGCUGACCUGACGAAUGAAGAAUUUGAUAAUCACAAAGGACUCAUGCCGGGAGAUGGAGGUUACGGAUCACGUGACGUCGAUGACGCCUAUGACGAUCAAGAGUACGAUGACGAUACCGUUGAACGGCGGGAAAAAAUCAAGAAGAAGAAAAGUAGAUAUGGUCAUGUUCCUGUUGAACUGGACUGGAGGAAAUAUGGCGCUGUUCUUCCUCCAAAAGGCCAAGGAACAUGUGGCUCCUGUUGGGCUUUUGCUGCAGCUGGUGCAGUGGAAGGUGCCAAUUUCAUUCAGACUGGUAAAUUGGUUGAUUUGUCAGAGCAGCAACUCCUGGACUGCACAUGGGCCACACCUGGUGCCACGCAUGGCAACAACGGUUGUCUUGGAGGCUGGACUUGGAAGGCGUUUUCUUGGAUCAAGAAGUUUGGUAUUGCUACAGCUAAAAGUUACGGACAUUACCGGGGACAGGAAGGGUAUUGUAAAACCAAGGGACUGAAAAUUGGAGCUAGAAUUCACAGUUAUAGAAGAGUCAAACGCUACAACGAGGAAGCGCUUAAGAAAGCAUUGGCUUACCAUGGCCCUGCCACCAUUUCUAUCAAUGCAAAUCCUAAAGCUUUAAAAUUCUACAGUCAUGGCGUCUUAGACGAUAUCACAUGUAAUAAUAAAACCGAUCAUGCCGUGUUAUUGGUCGGGUAUGGCACCGAAAACGGGGUUCCUUAUUGGCUCAUUAAAAACUCUUGGUCCCAUAACUGGGGAGAUAGUGGAUUUAUCAAAAUCAGACAUGGACUUUGUGGAGUAGAAAAGAGACCUUUUGUUGUGCUGAACAAGGGACGGAGGCCUUUACCCUGGAAACUUGAAGAAAAGGCAAACAAAGAGAAGGAAACUUUAUUGAAGAAAAAGUUACGAGAGGAAAUGGAGGCUAAAGCAGCGAGACACAACACAAAAGAUGAAUAUAAAAUUGUUCGAAAAGACGCAAUAGAAGAUCCUGAUUUCAGAGAUAUAGAAGAUGACGAAUAUGUGGACGAUGUAGACCUUUGGUGACCUUUACAUAGAGAACCAGGAAGGUUCUUGCCUUAGAAAUGUUCAGCUCCAGCUCCGCUCCUGCAAAAAGAGAACUUCCUUUUUAGAUUCUACUCCCUGUACAUACAAUGCCAUUUGAUCUCGCUGGCUUCGGCACAUGCUUUAUCGCUAUAAAUACCUGUACAUUGCUUCAGACUUUCUUUCUCGUAGGUGUGCAGUGUAAAUCACUUCUGAUGCACUAUUCUUUAAGCAGCUAUAUCUCAAUAAAUUGUCUCGUGAAACUUACAAUUUGAAGCGGAAGCGAAGGGCUUGGGUCAAAGUGGCCCGCAACACCAUGCAAGUCAUACUUUAAAUGAACAGAGAUCGAGACAAGGAAAUAUUCUUAACCUCAGAACCUACUAGUCGCUAGAUAUUACUUGAUUUGAGAAAAAAUGUCAAUGAAUCUGCAAAAUAAGCAGUGAAUUCAUGGUUUGUAAGAUUUUAAGUCAAUUAAUCUGACUAAAGGUUACUUUUGAUACAGACACUCGUCAGAAAAACCUUAAUUCUACCGCUUCGAAAUACGAAACUUUCACCGUACAAAUAUGCUGUGGAAAUUGUACCAUAUACAGUCUAAGUUCAAAUUACUUCAUACAAAUCAAAUGUUGUUAAUAUCACAAUGGUAUUCUUAAGACUGCCGCUGAACUGUCAGGUAUUGAACUGUGUACAUAUUUAUUUUUAUAGCUAUGCCAAAUAUAGUUACAGUUUAGUACAAUGUAUAGAAUAUUUUAUA